AUGUUUGAUGCAUAUGGUAAUCACGUGUCAAAAGGCUUGGAAGUUCAGUUGGAUGUGGACGGAUUUCAUAUGCUAGAUCAAACAGAUCAAAUAAGUCCCAAGCAUAAGGUUGAUGAUAAUGGAUGCAUUAACCUUGGUGGCCUCUUGAAAGUGAUAGCAGGAUUUGGAAGUAAAGCUUCACUUUCUGUUUUAUCUGGCCAUGAAGUUGUUUUCAAGCAGGAGCUUCAAAUUGAAAAAAGGGAGUUGAGGAUUGCAUCAAGGGUACCUGAGUUUUGUACUGCUGGUACUGAACUGGAAAAUAUCAUUUUUGAAAUUGUCAACUCUGAGGGUGAUGUUGAUGAGACUAUUCAUGAUGAAGAUAAGUAUGGGCAAUCUCACACUCUCACUAUAAAGUCAGAGUCAUUCAAUACUGAGGAAUCUAUUCGGUACACUUUUAAACAUGGGCGCUGCACUGUUCCUGCUAUUCCCCUCCCUCAAAAGAAUGGGAUGUUUUGCUUUGAAGCUUCUCAUUCUCGUCACCCAGAGCUAAAUUUGAGUGUUCAGGUUUCUGUGCAAGCUCCAAAAGUGGAGUAUGAUGAUAUUCAGUCUCCAUCUAUAGACGGAAAUGUCUUGCUCCUUCAGGACUCAUCUUCCCUAAAGCAAGUAGAAAAAGUCAUGGUGUCCAUGAUAAAUAAUGAGAAGAAACUUGAGGAUAAAAUAAUUCAAAUUGGUUAUCGCAUUAGGAAUCUGGAGAAGCAACUGAAUACACAUUCUAAAAGGAAGGAAGAAGUCGAGCAAGAUUUGUUUCAAUUGCAAGCAUCUGUCAACCCAAAGUACUUUCCCACAAAAGAGGAACUGAUAAAUUGGAUAGAAAGCAUGAAUCACUCUGCAGCGGCUGUCCUCUGCAGUCUUUCAAGAGAAUUCUCCUUCCAAGAGCAGCCAAAUCAUUUGUUGGAAGAUAUAAUUGGCCUGGUUGCACUUCUGGGUACAGUUUGCACCAACAAUCUUAGCAGGAUUUUAGCAGAGUACUUGGGUGAAGAUCAGAUGCUUGCUGUUGUCUGUAGAUCCUUUGUGACUGCAAGUGCUCUUGAGAAUUAUGAACAAAAUGGAGAAGUGGAUUGUGGGCAAGCCCUUCAUGCAGCAGCAGCUGCACGUGGAAAUUCUAUUAACGGUCGAUUUCUUGUUAUUUGCCUUGAAGAUCUAAGGCCUUAUUCUGGGAAGUAUGAAGGUAGUGACCCUCAGAGGAAGCUGGCCUUGCCGUAUCCUACCUUGCCUAGGGGGAAUGUGCCAAGAGGUUUCAUUGGGUAUGGAGUUAACAUGAUUGACUUAGACAUUGAUCAUUUACACACAAGAACUGCUGCAGGCCAUGGUCUUCGGGAGACAGUACUGUAUCGUCUUCUAGGAGAGGUUCAAGUAUAUGAAACCAGGGAAUGCAUGUUAGAAGCCCGUCAUUGUAUAAAGCAUGGUGCUGUAUCUCUGGAUGGUGGCAUUUUAAGAGAGAAUGGAGUUAUUUCUCUUGGAUAUGGGGAUCCUCGUAUAUGUUUUCCAGUUGUCACACCAGACAGUGAGUCCUCGGCAGGAAAUGUGGAGGUCAUGAAAUUAAUUGAAGAAAAAAAGGAGGAGUUGGAAGUGAUCACCAGUUCUAUUGGGAAGAUGACUAAAUCCCAUGAAAAAUCUUUGAAGAAGUUCAAGAAGAAGAAAGAAAAGUACGACAAGUUCAUGGAUAAUAUGGAACCUGUGUUAAAAGACUACUAUUUGGAAUAUAAAUCCAAGAGCAAGUCAGAUAACUCACCUUGCUGAUGUACAUUGUCCUUCUGUAGUGCAGUAAAUCUCUAUAAUGCUUGUAAAUAUCCAUAGAACAGGUUUUUGCUUAAAAGGAAAUUUUAUAUUUGUAGAUGUCACUUUUGGAAAACUACUAGAACCCUGAGAAUUUUACUGCUAGCACAACUCCAAAAUUCAUAGGAUCAACAUAGCAGUCCAUUUACUUUUAUAUUCAAUGUUUGAAGAAGGCCUCUUAAUUUAGGGUUAGAAUUCAAUGUGUAGCACUUUAUUUA